CGACAAGGAAGUGAACAGUAUUUUCUAAAGAGGUAAGCGCCUUGGCUUGACACACUGGCUUUUCAACCCGAAUAAUAUCAGGACGUGGACCAUCGCAUUUAAUCUGUUCAUAAAUAUCUAUUCUCAGAAUUGAGUGAGGUUUGUAAUGGCGCAAAUAUCGGCCUAAUCGUCAAACUAUCUAAAUCACUUUAAUCACUGAACAUUGGCAAUGAUAAUUCGAGAUAGGUCAAUAGCAAUAAUCAAUGUACGAACAUGACGGCCAUACCGCUAUGUAGAGUUUUCCUGGUUAUCUGUAUUUCACUAUGUUUGCAACAAAUCCACUUCGCCGAAGGACUACGACCAGGGUCCGCCACGAACACUCACUCAUGUGGUCACAUCAGAGCGGUUCCUCAGCGUCUCCGAAGUGCCACACAUAUGGGAGGGAGUGGGCUUGGCAGUUUCUACCAGAAGUACACUGAAGCAUACGGCAUUCCGAUUCUUGGAUCCCGUUACCUUUCUGACGAUGCCUUGAAGCGCGCCUGCUACGUGGUUCGCUUCCUUAUGGCUGAUCGUGCAGAUGUCAGACAGUCCUACUACCGCUACUACGGCCGAUUCGCCCUGAUGGGCGAGAGGGAAGUGACCACGGACAUCCCGGAACACCGCAGCCUCGGCGCUUGGUGGAACCAAAGGGCGCGCGGCCUUGGGGCGACUGAAUACCGACCAGUGUCAACUGGUGGAGAAGAAAAUGCUCUCUGUAGGAAAUCCGACAGAUAUUCAGUAGAAGACAUCAUAUUGCACGAGUUCUCCCAUGGUGUCCACAUCCUUGGAGCCAACAAGGUCAUCAGUGGAUUCAACAACCGUGUGAUCAGUUUGUACAACAGGGCGAAGCGGACGGGUCUAUGGAGGAGCACCUACGCUAUGAGCACAGACAAGGAAUACUUUGCUGAAGGUGUACAGAGUUACUUCAAUGCCAACGCCUAUGCCAACCCACCCAAUGGCAUCCACAACCACGUCAACACCCGCGCCAAACUACAGAGCUACGACCCUGCCCUGUACAACCUCGUCAGGGAGAUGCUGCCGUGUGGAAACCAAUACAUUUCAAGGUGUCCUAACGAGAGGACAAUGGCUCAACUACGACAAGCAGAACUCAACCAAAAUCUUAAGAUGGACUGCACAGGUGGAGGAACUGGUGGAGGUACCGGUGGAGGUGGUACUGGUGGCGGUACCGGUGGCGGUACUGGUGGCGGUACUGGUGGCGGUACUGGUGGCGGUACUGGUGGCGGUACUGGUGGAGGCGGCACUGGAGGAGGCGGUGGUGGUACCGGAGGCGGUACCACUUGCACCGACAAUAACCAAUACUGUAACUACUGGUCCCGUAACAACUAUUGCAGCCGCGACUAUCUGAAGAAGAACUGCAAGAAGAGUUGUAACCUGUGUGGGGGUGGCGGCGGCGGAGGUGGAGGGGGAUCUAUCGGCUGCCAAGAUGGUCACACGAACUGUGUCUCAUGGGCGAGUAGAGGCGAAUGCAACAGAAACCCAGGUUACAUGUUGGUCAACUGUAAAAGGAGUUGCAACAAAUGCCCAAGCGGAGACGAUCACGCCAUACCCGAGGAUUGCCAUGACAACAGCCUGCACUGUUGGACCUGGGCACGAAAUGGCGAGUGUGAAAACAACCCAGACGAUAUGCUGCGAAAUUGCAAAAGAAGUUGCAACGCGUGUUUGAGCUUCUUUGAAGACUCUGGCGACGCUGAAGCCCAUGAUAUUGAUGCUUUGUACGAACCGCUUCCGCACGUGGACAGGCUCCAGCCCGUGUCAGAGGAGGCUGGACUUGACCAAGGGGUCGAAACGGGAUAUCUGGUUGCAGAAAGAUGGUAUUACACUCAGGAGAUGUAAAACGUGAAUAUGCUUAAUACGCGGAUGUAGUGCAGUUUUGAGCGCAGCGCUUUUGCAACAUGCUUUUGUGUCUGCGUCGUAAACAAUUCAACCCAAGUUACAAUUUCAUCUGCACCAUGAUUAAAUUAAAUUUGAAAUUUGAAAUUUGAAAUUUGAAAAUUUGAAAAUUUGAAAUUUGAAAUUGAAAUUAAAUUUUGAAAUUGACUUUGGAAUUCCAUGCGAACUCACCUCAGGGUUUGUUGAUGAUGGCAGUGCCUUUCAAAGACUUUCUCAAUGCAGUAUGGAAAAGAACAAGGAAUAACUUCGGACAAAAUCAUGUUGUUUUCUAGGUCUUAUUAAGCAUAACCUUAGUCUGAAUACGAUAAUUUCUAAAGCGGACAAUCCACUCUCGUGAUUUAUGCCGGCAGCAGCUUUGCGGUGGCUUGGACUUCAAAUCGAAGAAGUGGAUUCCUGGUGCAAUGGUUUUGAGCAUGUUGUUAGGAAAGUUGAUAAAGGAUGCCUUCCUUGUAUAUAAAUACACGGAGAUUCGGGGUAUAACCAAAAACAUUACACCAGCAUUCGCCACUUUUCUCAUGCGGGAACUUGAUACUCCCGAUUAGGUUUUGACGAAUCAGAAGACCUGUAUUAUCCGUGUCCAGCUGAAACAGCAUGGACUAUAGAACUUACAGGGCUUCUGA